UUCCUGGCUGGGGGUGAUGCCGCUGCACGCUGGCUCCAGGUGCGGGACACGGCCCUGUGCGUUUUAUUUUUUAAUUAUUUUUUAAUUUCUAAUUUUCAAUCAGGGCUGGCUGCGUUAACCCCGCUCGCUCCUCCCCCCCCCCCCCCACGCAGGUCCCCAGCUGUCCCUUCGUCCUGCCCCGUGCAGGUCACAGGUGCCCCCGGGGAGCACCCAAGGGUGCCAGGGCACCCCUGUGGGGCCCAGCGGGAGGGUGCAGGCGAUGGGGCCGGCCUGGCAGCGCUCCCCUGUUAAUGGUUAAUGCGGCCAGGCAGCUGGGGCGGCGCGGGGAGCUAUCAGCGCUGCCAUCAGCCCCGGGAACACGCUGUACCGGGCCGGCUGUUUGUUUCCAUCCCUGCGGCACCCAUCUCCCCGCCGGCAGCACAGCCCUGGAGCUGUGGCUCUGCAGUCGCCUGCUGCGGCCGAGGACACGAGGGACAUCCCAUGGGGAUGCUCCCCCGGGGCUUGAAGGCUGUGACUCCGGCUUCGGGCAGGCGACGGCACGCCACCUGGACGCUUUGGGCUUCCGCGUGUUCGCCAGCGUGCUGGACCCGCGGGGCCCCGGCGCCCAGGAGCUGCAGAAGAGCUGCUCGCCCAGGCUGACGCUGCUGCAGAUGGACCUGACCAAGCCCGAGGACAUCCAGCGAGUCCUGCAGCACAUCCAGGCUCACACCAACAGCUCAGGUCUCUGGGGUUUGGUGAACAACGCCGGCUUCAACGACAUCAUCGCGGACGCAGAGCUCUCGCCGCUGGGCAACUUCCGCACCUGCAUGGAGGUGAACUUCUUCGGCUCGCUGGAGCUCACCAAGGGGCUGCUGCCCCUGCUCCGCUCCGCCGGCGGCCGCAUCGUCACCGUCAGCAGCCCGGCGGGUGACCUGCCGUUCCCCUGCCUGGCAGCCUACGGGGCUUCGAAGGCUGCCCUCAGCCUGCUCAUGGACACCUUCCGCAGCGAGCUCCAGCCCUGGGGCGUCAAAGUCAGCCUCAUCCUGCCCGGGUACUUCAAAACAGGAACGUGCGACCCUGCCUUCUGGAACCUGCAGAAGCAGCAGCUGGUGGCCCGCCUGCCCCAGGAGCUGCUGCAGGCCUACGGCGAGGACUACGUGGAGGAGAUCAACCGGCAGUUCAUCCAGUUCAUGAAGGUGGCCGUGGAGGACCUCAGCGCGGUGGUGAACAGCAUCACGGACGGGCUCCUGGCUGCCAACCCCGCCGUGCGCUACUACCCAGGGCAGGGCCUUGGGCUGAUGUAUUUCAUACACCGCUACCUGCCCUACUUCGUCCAAGACUUGUUCCUGAAAGGAUUAUUCAUCAACCCCAAGCUGCCCCGAGCGCUGCGGCCGGAGCAACACACCGAGGCGAAGGAGGCCUGACCUCGGCCCGCAUGCGGUCGCGGGGCAGGAGGGAGCCUUCUCCUGGGAUUUCCAGGCACAGCAGCCCCCGAGCGUGUGCGCAGCCGCCGGCAUCGUCGCCCUCGUGCAGCACGGGGGAACAAUCAGCACUAGACCUAAAACCAAAUCGCUUUCCCAAAUCAGGCAGAUGCAGAUCUAUUUUCUAUCGUGCGAGAAUCAACGUUUUUCUAAAGACUUUUUGUUGUUGUUUUGUUUGGUUGUUUGUUUUUUUUUGUAUUUUUUCUAACCGUGCAUCCUGCAACGGAGCCACUCUUGCCUGACUCUGCAUCUCCGCACCAGGCGCUGGGAUGUACCUGGGGCACUUCUCAGCUCUGUGACAGCUCCCCGACCGCUGCUGGAGCUGCAUCCGUCUCCGCCGCCUCGCAGCUGGGUCAGGCGCGGGGCGCUGCGGAUGCUGCCGUGCCUCCCCGCGGUCCGUUACACACUCCACGAGCUCCCAGCAGGAGCAGGAGCCGAGGCCAGGCUGCGGGCACUGCAGAGCUCUUCACCAGAUGAACUACGUGAUUGUCACUUUUUAAAUAAAUCUCUUCUUGAUAAGCCA